GAAAGCAGAGCGGGUUGUACGACUGCAGUCCUCUGCGGGAACAAGCCGUCGCUGCCGCUAAGGCUGAAGUUAUGACUUUAAUAUGGCUGAUAAGGGUCCCUUUUUAACAUCAUGUAUUAUUUUCUACCUGUCGAUCGGAGCCGCGAUAUUCCAGAUUCUGGAAGAGCCCAACUGGAAAUCAGCGAGAGACAAGUACAGGCUGCAGAAGGAGAGCAUAGUGAAGAAGUAUCCCUGCUUAUCCAAAGAAGCUCUGGAGGAGAUUUUGGAGAUAGUGUCAGAGGCUGCGGGCCAAGGUGUGACCAUCACCGGGGACGUACACCGCAACACGUGGGACUGGGCCAACUCUGUCAUCUUUGCUUCCACCAUUGUCACCACUAUAGGUUUUGGUAACGUUGCUCCCAAGACUAAAGGGGGUCGUGUGUUCUGCAUCCUGUACGGCCUGUGUGGGAUCCCCCUGUGUCUGGUAUGGAUAAGCAAGCUGGGCUCAUUCUUCGGCGACCGGGCCAAACGUCUGUCCCAGGUUCUGAUCGGUAAAGGAGUUUCAGUGAAAAAGGUGCAGUUAAUCUGCACAGCUUUAUUCCUGUUGUGGGGGCUGUUGGUGCACCUGCUGCUCCCUCCCUUUGUUUUCAUGUCUCUUGAAGGAUGGAGCUACCUGGAAGGCCUUUACUUCUCUUUCAUCACACUCACAACAGUUGGUUUUGGAGAUUAUGUGGCAGGUGUAAAUCCAAACAUUGAAUACCCCAGACUGUACAGAGUAUUUGCAGAGUUAUGGAUCUACAUGGGCCUGGCCUGGCUGUCUCUGUUCUUCAGCUGGAACGUCAACAUGGUGGUGGAAGCUCACAAGGUGCUAAAGAAAAGGAGACACAAGCACAGACACUUCUAUGACGAGGAACCUCAGCCAGUAGAGGACAAGCCAAGCCCGGACGGAAAGCCGACCGUUAUCGACAUCUUCAACUUCCCGAAGGAGGAAGACUACAGCACAGUCAUCAAGGAGAUCGGAGCCACGGCGAAUAAAAUAAAGGCUGCAGACAAUAUAAAUCGCUCUAAGAGCUGCAGCGACAUCUUGGGCACCAACAUCCAGACCCUGGACCACUCGCCUCGGCACAGACGCUUGAUCAGCAUCAGUGAAGUGUUCAUGAAUGCAAACAAGAGUGAUCAGAAAGAGGGGCGCUCUGUAAUGCAAGAAAUCAGCAGAGGUGCUGAGCCUGCAGACGGCGUGAGGACGGACUACAAGGAGAACAAGGAUGACUGUUCAUUGGAUUCAGAGACUCACGGUAUCGUCUUCAUUGCACCGCCCAAAGAUUUCACAGAGGAGGAAAGUGUACAGCAUCCUGAUGGUGGGGAGACUCGGUUUACCAUAUCCAAGGUAGCAGAGGAAAAUCUGUUAAUGGAGAAAGAUGAAAAAGGGUAAAAUAACUUCUUUAAAACUUUUCUUUACCUGUGCCAAAGUUGUGCAACCAUCCAGGCUGACUUUUAUAUGAAAGUAUUGAAAAUACUGUUUCAUGAAAACAGAGUUUUGUGAAAAUAGUGACUGUGGACAAACUAAUGAUGCACUGACAGACGGUUUACAAUUACAUUAUUUUAAUAAACUUUCCAUUACUGGCUGCACACAAUGAGCCAGCAUCAGA